AUGAGUUCUUAUAUUUCUCUCAAAGAAAAAUCGAAUCAUAAAGCCGUUUCUUUAAUAUUGACUUCAUUAUUAGCAAAUCAAGUUGGGUUGACGAGUAUCCCGUUGGAUACAAAGGCAGAGCUGGUUUCAUCCUUGUUAACUGAUCUCGAUGAAACUGGGGUCCAACAAAAAUGGAAUGAUAAUGCUUUACAAGUUCUAAAAGUUUUGGGACGCGAUGCGAAGGGAUGUGAUAACUUAUUCUCUGAUGAGGGAUUUAAAAUAUUGUUAAUUCAUGCAAACCUCUUACAUCCAGAAUCGGGAUCAAAUGAAACACCAGUAAUUCAAGAAUCUUUAACAUGUUUAGCAAACACGUUAUUACUUGAAGAGAGUACGCGUGAAUUGUUUGAUAAAUAUAAAUGUGUUCCUGGAGUAUGUCAAUUCCUCAAGGAUGAAGAGAUUUCAAUUAAAACCCAAUUUUUAUUAUCAAGAAUUUUGUUUGUCAUGACUGUUAAUCCACAGCCUGCCGUACAAUCCCUAAUCGAUGACCUAGGAAUAAUUGAUAUUUUAUUUAAGAUUGUAAGUAAAUAUGUUGAAGAAUUAUCGGGUUCAAAUAGUUCUUCAAGAGAAGAUAUUAAUUCAUUACCUAUAACCAGAGUUAUGGUAUUAAAUGAACAAUUAAAAUUGUUAUUUAAUUUAAUGAUGAAUGAUCCUAAAAUUGAACGUGAUAAUGAUCUACAAGAAAAGGGAAAAUCUGUUGAUUGCCCUAGUAAAUUUGAAAAAUUGCUUUUACCUGUAUUAAAAAUACUUUUAAAAAUAUCAAGAUCAAUGCAAAUACCACUUUCACCUCCGCAUUCACAUGCAAUACAUGCAUUAUUAAAUUUCCCAAUAGAACCAUAUAAAUCAAUCUGUAAAAACGAAAAUAAUUUGGAUUGUUUUGAUGAAAUUAUUACUCCUUUAGUUGUUUUAAUUAAAAAAUUAGCCGACGAAGAUGAUAAUGCUAAAAUUUUAAUAGGAAGAGAAUUAUUGCCCGAUAAUGUAGAUCGAAGUAAACCUUUAGAAAAAGGAGAUAAUCUCACAUCUAGAUUGAUUAGGCUGAUGACUUCUGUUAUGUUACCACACUUAAAAGACAAUGUUAGCGAACUAUUAUUCAGUUUAUGCGAUCAAGAUGCAAAUUUAUUUGUUCAUAACGUUGGUUAUGGAAAUGCAGUGGGAUUCUUAAUGAAUAGAAAUAUAAUGAUACCGCCAUCAACUACCGCUAAAUAUUCAGAAAAAUCAAUUAAUCCUAUAACGGGACAAUAUUAUGAUAACGAAUUACCUUCUUUAUCUAAUAUGACUGAUGAAGAAAAAGAAAGAGAAGCAGAAAAAUUAUUUGUUUUAUUCGAACGCCUUAAAAAAACUGGUGUAAUGAAUGUUGUGAAUCCUAUUGAGGAAGCUAUUAAGUCUGGAAAAUUUCAAGAAUAUGAGGAAAAAUUCAAGGAUGAGGAUGAUGAUUAA